ACAACAUGCUGUCAGCAGUGGGCUCCUGUUCCUGUGCCUUCGACCUUUAACAUGUUGUCCAGACUCUCCGCGCUGCGGCUCCGGCUCCGCUCGGCUCCGGUCCGGUUCGUCGCUUCGGGCUCCAGCUGCAGGGCGACGGUGGAACAUGACCGAGCGAGGCAGCGCUUCUCCGUCUCUCCGGGCAACGGGGCCGAGGCCCAUGAAUGUGCAGUUCUGAGCUACAGAUUCACCGGAGAGAAGGAGGUGGAUCUAAUUUCGACCUUUGUACCAGAGACGUUCAGGGGCCAAGGUGUCGCUGCUCUGCUGUCACAGGCUGCCAUGGACUUUCUGGUUGAAGAAAACCUCAAGGCUCGUGUCUCCUGCUGGUACAUAAAGAAAUACAUUGAGGAGCACCCGGUGCAGCAGAUUAAAGACCUGGUCGUCCCCUGACUGCUGCUGAUGUGACCCCCACUGCUACCUCAAAUCAACUAUAUAACCUCCUUUUACAACACUACAGAGGCCAAAUGGAGGCAUUUUAAUUGUAUGAGUAUUUGUUUUUCUCUGGGAUUGUAUGAAAUUUCAUACGAUCAAGAUCCCUGUUCACACCCAUCAAACUGAGGCACAGAAUAAUUGACAUUAUUUUUGAAGAACCAUACAUUUGAUAUGAGUGAAGUUCAGAUGAAAGUUGCCGCUUUAUAAUAAUUUUAUUUUGAUGUGUUUUUGAUAAUCUGAAACUAUCAAAUUGAUUUCUCUUUUCAAUCAUGCAUCCUUAAUGUAUUAUUUGCAAUUUUUGUUGAUUCUUAAUUGUGGGGAAAAAACAUUGAAGUAUCAGGUAUAAUGAGUAGAUAUUUAUGAUGUUGGGUUAUUUUUAUAGUAAUAGAAAGUGUUUAGAAGUGAACAUGAACCUGAUUAUCAACUUGUUAACCAUUGAAAAUAAAAUGAUGAUUUUGACAACA